CAGACACAGAUAUCGAAGCAGAGAAAAGCAAAAGCGAAUGCGAUUAAAAAAAAAUAUUCCCGUUCCCAUUCUCCACCCUCAACCUUGUGUUACCUCCGAUAGUAAUAACCAGCGUUCAUCCACAAAAUGUCUCGAAACGACGACGUAGUGGAACAGAACGCGGCCACCACCACCACCACGUCGUCGACCACUAUAAGAAACAGAGCAGACCCGUUCCUGGUAGCGUGCAGAUGCUUCAGCUUCCUCACCUCUCUCGCCGCCAUUCUCUGCAUCGCCGUCAAUGUCCUCUCCGCCGUCCGUUCCUUCAAACACGCAUCUGACAUUUUCGACGGCAUAUUCCGGUGCUACGCCGUUCUUAUAGCGGCUUUCGUGGUCCUCGCCGAGACCGAAUGGAGUUUCAUCAUAAAGUUCUCGAAGGUUUUGGAGUAUUGGGCUGCCAGGGGUAUGCUGCAGAUCUUUGCUGCAGUCAUGACAAGGGCAUUUCCUGGCUAUAUUGGGGACCGGAGGGACCUUUUUCUUCUACAGAGCAUAGCAAGUUAUUUGCUACUUGCCUGUGGUGUUGUUUAUGUUGUUUCAGGUAUCCUUUGCAUUGGUUUUCUUAAACGUGCCCGCCAGAAGCAAGAGAUUACAAGAGAGCAAGCCACCAAGGAUCUGGAGGAGUUGGAACGCCGCAGAGAGGAACUUGAACAACUACUCCUUGCUGAGAGAGUUUAAAACAUUUUGAACGUAGUGCUGAAAUUAAUCUGUAGUGAAGGUACACUUUAAUUUUCCUCCUGGGAAUUGGGAGUAAUAGAGGCAACAUAUUUGAAAUCGUCAAUCGAUGUGGCUCUGAAUAAAUGCACAUAGAGAAAUUUCAGUACGAUAUUCAAUUUCAGCAUCACCGCUGAGAGUAUAUUCCUUCAGAGAGUAUUAGUUGGGCCUUUUCUGUUUGUUCUUCUUUGAUGCAUUCCUGUUUUGAGAAAAUUUUGUGAGGCCUUCUCUGAAUGCUCCAAGAUAUACCCCAUUUGUAACCAAAAUGCUUGAUGAGGCCUGUGAUUGCCACUACAAAUCAUGUUACAUAUAUAUAAUAAAUUGAUAAUUCUUCUUCCGACCAAA